GUAACUAUCGGUGCCUCCUUAUCACUCCUACGGUCUAUGGCCGCAAGGUGCUCCCCUAGCGGGUAUUGCAGUUGAAACAGCAAAUAACCUCGUAAUUGCGACUUGUUGGGCUUAAUUUACCUAUAAUAUAUUUUCACUGAAAUGCCCUCGUGCAAGAAGUGCGAUUUACGGUUCGAUGGCGAUGGGGAUGUCCAGUGUUCCCAGUGUGGUGGUUUUUACCACUUUAGAUGCUCCGGGGUGCAAGAAACAACCUUUAAAAGAAUGACGGCCGAUAAGAAGUCGAGUUGGCGGUGUAUUUCAUGCCGUCAAUGUGAUAGUAGCGAUGUACUGGCAGACUUAGUAAAGGAAGUGAAAGGAUUUAAAUCGCAAUUCAAUAAAAUGCAGGAAGGAUUGGACCAGGCUAACCAGGGUAUCACAAAUAUUGAGGGCAAGCUCGGUAUGCUUGAAACCAGAUUGGAUGACCUCACUACGAGGCUUACUCUGGCAGAAGCCAAGGUCGACCGCCUCCCGGCAGUUGAGUCCAGUUUGAAGAGUCUUGAAUCGGAGCUGGCCGCCUUAAAAGUAAAUGAGAGUGGCCGGGAGCAGUUCGGUAGGCUUAAUAACAUCGAAAUCAGUGGUGUUCCGCAGACGAAUGGGGAGAACUUAAUGUCCAUCUUAGGCGGCAUCUGUGUCACGGUCGGUUUCAAUCUAUGUGAAACUGACGUCGACACCAUACAUCGCGUGCGCCGCUUCCAGUCGUCGUUAAGCAGUAAGGAGAAUGCGGACUCAAGGCCUCCUGCGAUCAUAGUUCGUUUCUGUCAGCGGAGGCGCAAGGACGAGCUGGUGGCGGCGGCGCGCGCGCGCCGCGGCCUCACCAGCGCCGACGCCGGCCUCACUGGGCCUGCGGUCCCCAUUUAUCUUAAUGAACACCUAACAACCGGCAAUAAGAUAUUACUGAGGAAGGCUCGUGAUAAGAAGGUUGAGCUGAAUUACGAUUAUCUCUGGGUAAAACAAUGUAAAAUCUUUAUGCGCAAAAAUGACAAAUCAAGAGUGUUCGUCAUUACUGACGACACCGACCUGAAAAAGUUAAAGUGACAGUUUACGUCUGUGUUUAAA